AUGGAUGAAAAGACGAAUUGGGCGACUCAUGUCCUGGCAGCAGUGUUUCUGUUUCUCCUCACAGCUCUCAGCUCUCCGGUGUCGAUGAUUCGACAAGUUGUCAGUGUAAUCUUUGCUUUCUCGUCGUCGAGACGCAGUAGCCAGAUCAAAAUAGAGGGGGAGGAGAAAGAUCUGACCUUGUUCAAACCUGCGGUGGUUAACAAGGUGGAUGAGUUGCCGGGAGAAUUGCUGGUGGAGAUCCUGGUUCGGCUCCCCGCUAGAGAUCUGUUACAGCUCAAGUCCAUCUGCAGAAGCUGGAAUGCCACAAUUUCAAGCCCCUUCCUGGUUUCCAUGCACCUCAGAAACUACACCAACGGCCCGGCUGGCUCUGCUUCUCAGACCCUGAUGGCGUGCGAGCGUCCAAACUUUGAUGUAAGAUAUGAUGGGUGCACACCGGUUAGGCUAUUCUCUCCUCUUUGUCACGGUGAUCAUGUAUCACCACAAGUUCAGUACCUGGAGUUUGAUACGCUUAUAAUCGCCGGACCCUGCAACGGAUAUUUCUGA